AUAACGGUUGUAACGGGGAAACUGGUGCAGAGCCAUUCGGAAGUCAGAAUUGUUUGGACGUUCCUGCUGUAGCAGUGUGAAAGAUAUACGAAGGACUUAUAUGUGUCAGUGUUGUGCGUUCACAGCCAUAUUAGCAGAAGCUGGAAGUUUCGCACCCCUAAUUGCAUGAUAAAAGUGUAUGAAUUAUAAUACAUUGCUAAGUAUUGAACGUACGCAUCAGUGACUCCGAUUUGACAGUUCUGACGUGGAUUGGACAUCUUGUGUGAACAACAGCGUGUAAUAUGUUUGAUGUGGCAUAACCUUCGAAGGAGUUAAAUUUACAGUUGUCUGAUGCGACUGUCAAUACAGUCGCAGACCACAUCUAAAUGUUUCGUCAUUUCGCCUCGUAAAUUCAUAGGUUAGAUUCUCAGCCUUGAGGUCGGUUAUCUGGCUGAGGUUUUGCCGUUUUCCUGGUAUGUCAGUACGUAAAAUAAGAAAUUCGUAAAGAUGUCUCAGAUUCUGUCUGCGGUCCGUCGGACAACACGAGGGCGGUCAGCAGCUGAGUAUGAGGACCUAGAUGAGCAUGUUACGGAGUCUCUGCCAAGUGCAACAAGUGUCCCAAGACAACUGGAGGAUCAUUAUGACAAUCACAUAGCAGAAGCGGAUGAAAUAGAAAUGACAUCUGUAUCUGUUGUACCUGAUGAUACAUUUACUGUGACACAGGCAGUGAAUGCAUUUGGCUUCGGGAGGUUUCAAGUGAAACUAUCUCUGUUCACUGGCCUCUGCUGGAUGGCAGACAGUAUGGAAAUGACAAUACUCAGUAUCCUUUCACCUGCAUUGCACUGUGACUGGCAUAUCACACGAUACCAGCAGGCGCUUACCACCACGAUUGUAUUUCUAGGUAUGAUGCUUAGUUCUACAUUCUGGGGAAACUUGAGUGAUCGAUAUGGAAGAAAACAGGCACUGACUUUGUGUGCUGUGCUUUUAUUCUGUUACGGCCUCUUGAGUUCAUUGGCACCGAAUUUCCUGUGGAUCCUGUUUCUUCGUGGGCUUGUGGGAUUCGCCAUAGGAUGCGUACCUCAGUCUGUGACUCUGUAUGCGGAGUUCCUGCCAACGAAGCAGAGAGCAAAGUGUGUUGUCCUGUUGGAUUGUUUCUGGGCACUGGGGGCAUGUUUUGAGGUGCUGCUGGCCCUGAUUGUAAUGCCUACGCUAGGCUGGCAAUGGCUGCUUGCACUUUCAACGAUCCCACUUCUGGCCUUUGCUCUCAUCACACCAUGGUUACCAGAGAGUGCUAGAUUUCACGUAGCAUCAGGACAACCUGACGAGGCUCUGGCAACGUUGCAGAGGGUAGCUAAGGAGAAUGGAAAGCCCAUGCUUUUAGGCCGCCUUGUGGUGGAUGAUUCAGCCACUCUUGCUCCAAGGGGACGUGUUACGCAUUUGCUUCAUUCUGAACUUAGGAAGACUUCUCUUCUGCUUUGGUUCAUUUGGAUCGUAUGUGCAUUCUGUUACUAUGGAGUAGUUCUGAUGACAACAGAACUGUUUGAGACUUCAUGCGCAGAACAGAGUCGGACAGUAGCUGACCUGGAAUGUGCAGCUGAUUGCAAGGAGCUGUCCACACGAGACUAUGUUGACUUGUUGUGGACCACAAUAGCUGAAUUUCCAGGCAUAUUUGCAACAGUAUUUGUAAUUGAGCGGUGCGGAAGGAAGAAUACAAUGGCAGUUCAGUUUAUAAUUUUCACAAUUUGCAUCUCCUUUCUCUUCGUCUGUACUGAUAAUCGUGUAUUUCUUACCAUUAUGCUGUUCUUAGCACGAGGUAUCAUAGCUGGAGUGUUCCAAGCUGCAUACGUGUAUACACCAGAGGUGUACCCAACUCCAUUGAGAGCAGUCGGUGUGGGAACUUGCAGCGCCAUGGCCCGGCUUGGCGCCAUGGUAACCCCGUAUGUUGCACAGGUUCUCAUGCAGUCAUCUCUAAUGUUCGCAACAGCUGUGUAUGGGUUGGCAGCCUUGUUAGCAGCUGUGGCAUGCUUCUUUCUUCCUAUUGAAACAAAAGAUCGUGAGAUGGUGGAAACUGUAGCACAGAGAUCGUGAAAGUGACUAUCCUCAGUUGCAUUCUGCAAUACAGUGGGAUCUCUUCAUGUAAGAUAUAGUCAAAUCUGGUAAUGUAAAUUACUUUAAGGUUUUGCAAUGAUGACCCUGACCCAUAACUUGGCUGGUCAUACACUAUGGAAGUUAGUUUAUAUAUACAAAACACCUGUUGAAAGUGGGAAGUCUCCUCGCUUGUUACAUAGGCUUUCAUGGUAUUAAUUUCCCUAUGUCAAGGCUGACAUGUAACAUCUCCCAUGGUGUGUUCUGGUAUCUGGCUAAAGCAUCUUGUUCCACGUCAUCCCAUAGAAGUUUUAAUUCUGAAGCCCUUCCAGGCAUCCUUGUUCUAUCCAGUCUCUUUACAUAGCCAAAACCACAUUAGCUCUGUUACCAAAUUUUGAAUUCAAGGUUCUCUAAUUCUGUUCUUUUUUAUAUUUAUUUUGGAGAGCUGGGAUAGUACAAUCAGUAUAGCAACUGGCUAUGGGCUGGACA